CGGGCCCGGGCCGCUCCUCCCGGUGCCCGUGAUCCCUGCGCCGUUCCGUAGCCGCAGCGCAGGGGGGCGGAGGAGCGGGGCCGAGUCCGCCCCGCCCCGCUGGCGAGAUGGCGGCGCAGAAGAUUAACGAGGCGCUGGAGCACAUCGCGAAAGCGGAGAAAUACCUGAAAACUGGAUUCUUAAAGUGGAAACCAGAUUAUGACAGUGCAGCUACUGAAUAUGGGAAGGCAGCUGUUGCUUUUAAGAAUGCCAAGCAGUUUGACCAGGCAAGGGAAGCCUGUUUACGGGAAGCUGAGGCACAUGAAAACAAUAAAGCUCUCUUUCAUGCUGCCAAAGCUUAUGAACAAGCUGGCAUGAUGCUAAAGGAGAUGCAGAGGCUUCCUGAAGCAGUUCAGCUGAUUGAGAAAGCCAGUAUGAUGUACCUGGAGAAUGGGACACCAGAUACAGCAGCCAUUGCACUGGAACGGGCUGGAAAGUUAAUAGAAAAUGUGAGUCCAGAGAAGGCUGUGCAGCUCUAUCAGCAAGCAGCAUCCGUGUUUGAAAAUGAAGAACGUUUACGGCAGGCAUUGGAAAUGUUAGGGAAGGCAUCAAGACUUCUGGUCAGAGGACGCAGAUUAGAUGAGGCUGCACUGUCUCUUCAAAAGGAAAAAAGUAUUUAUAAGGAAAUUGAAAACUACCCCACUUGCUACAAGAAAACUAUUGCUCAAGUCUUAGUUCAUCUUCAUAGAAAUGAUUAUGUUGCUGCAGAAAGAUGUGUGAGGGAAAGCUACAGUAUACCAGGAUUUAAUGGAAGCGAAGACUGUGCAGCGCUGGAGCAACUUCUAGAAGGGUAUGAUCAGCAAGAUCAGGAUCAAGUUUCUGAAGUCUGUAAUUCUCCACUUUUCAAAUACAUGGAUAAUGAUUAUGCCAAGCUUGGUCUUACCUUGGUGGUCCCAGGAGGUGGAAUCAAGAAGAAAUCGCCAAACGCUGCCCAAGACAAAGCCAGAGGACCAGCUGCAGUGGGCUCUCAUGCUGAUGAGGAAGAGGAUGAAUAUUCUGGUGGACUUUGCUAGCUGCAGACUAGGUUGUCAUAUCUGACUGAAUUGUGAUGCUGAGCAUAUCCAAAGGUACCAGAUUUACCAGAGCUUCAUUGCAAUUGUGAUAUGGGAAUCCUAAUCUUAUCUUGGCAGCUUCUGGUGCAAUACAGGAGAAAAUCAUCACCUUGAAACAUCUUUGGACUUCAUCUCUUACCUAGCAGGAGCUUUUUUAGGGCCUUGCCUUCAGCUGACAGGAAAAAAUUGAGGAGAGUUUUACUAAGAGCACAGUUUAAAAGAAAGCAAAACUUCAGAAGCCCUGGAGGGGGAAUAGUAAAAAAUUUUAAAUGCUGGGUUUCCACAGGUCAUGCUUUUGGUCCCAGUAAGAUGUUUGUAGUUGUCCUCAAAAGUUAAAUGUAUGAUCAUUCAUCUGGCUGUUUAUCUCCUGUUUAAGACCAUUUAAGGCAGACUGUGCCAGGCAGGAUUUUUACUUGUGUAAGCACUAGGGGGAGCAUUCUGUUUGUUUUCAACAUGUUUUUACUGCGCUGGGGAAUAUUAUUUUAAUACCUUAUUUUUACAGUAUCCACAUGAGUGUAAAAAACACUAAGUCAACUAGGUUGAAGUUAUCUUGCAAGCUUAAAAAUACACAUCUGCCUUUCCUCAUAGGAAAUUUAUUGACCUGAAGUACUUGGAAAUAAAUAUGUCCAUAGUGUUUGUAAUGUGCACCUUAGAAAAGGAAGGUGUGAACAACCAUUCUUAGCAGUGUUUUUGAAGCAUGCCAUAACCAAAAAAGAAACUGAAGUUAGCAGGUAAUGUGCACUGAAUAUAAACUUCUGAAGACAAAUGUUUAACAAAAACUUAGGUGGAAUGUUUCAGUGAUAUGUUUGAAUUCAUGAGUGUCCUAGGUGUUUAUUUGCUGAUCAGUGUGGUGGUCUGUAAAGACAUAUGUUUCUCUCAUAUUUUCAAAGCAUUGAACAGAUAUCUCCUAUAAAUGGCAUUUUUCAAACUUGCUUAGAAUCCAAGGUAACCAAAUUUUAAGGCAUCCUAUUUCUAUUUCAUUUCAAGUCAUCAUGUGUUUUGCAAGCUUUUUUAGUGUCCUGAAUUUGUUUCACCAUUUUGUGCUUAAAAGUUGUCAGGUCUAGAAGUUGCACCUGUGGCUUAUUUUUUCAGCAGGGCCUAAGCAAGGUCUGCACUAGAGUGACAUUACUUGGAAUCCAGCAGGGAUUUGUAUGUGAUGCCCAAAGCUCUGUAAACAGCACAGUCUGAAGUGUUUCUGCCAUAUUGGAUAUCAUCAAUAAUAUCAAGCAUAUGUCUGACAGAAUUGUGUCAGGCGUAAUUGUGAUGAAAGUUCAAAUUUUAGAGGGCUAAUGCACACUUUCCUUGGGGUGAAUAGCACUCAGUAACAUUGAGAUGGGAGCACAAAGUGCAGCAUAAUUUGCUGUCACAUUAGAAAGUCACAGUAUUCAGUUUAAUGGAUGUUCAAAAACCUGUUUUGUGUCUUUAUCUUGUGUAAUAAUAACUAUGAGUUCUAAAGCUAUUUAAGAUGCACCUGUAGGUCUUCACUAUCUGAUGGAUGAUUUCCCUUUGUUAUUGAUGAUGUAUGUUUUAGCUCUAUGGAAUUUUAGGAAGUGAGUUGCUUUUCUCUGAGAAUGCUUGCAGGUAUACAUGAAAGAUGGUUUUGAUACUUUCCUAGAAUUCUAGAGCUCUUCUAGAAUUUUCACUGUUGGAGGAACUCACUUCAGUUUAACUGAAUUUUAACUUCUGCUUUCUGGAUUCAAAUCAAGUUGAACGUAGCACUUACUAUGAGUGAGUCUUUAUCACAGGUAGAAAAAAAAUGCACAUGUAGGAGCUCAGGUGACACUAAGUAAUUUUCUUCAAGCAUUUCCUGCUCCUUUUAGUUCUGAAAUCAGUUUUAUUGUGUAAGCCCAAGGAGUCUGCUUUUCUUGUGUGUGAACAGUUGCAUGUAUCUGAAAUGAUGAGGUGCAUAAGAAAGCUGGGAACUGUGUGUGCUUCUGUGGAUUAAUUUUCAGAUCUAUUUAAACUGUGCUUGCAACACUAACAGGCCCUUAAAAGAAAAUUUAAAAUUUUUGUUGCAUUUUUAAGACAUGUUUUCCACAUGGCAAAAAAAAAAAGUGCAAAACUGUCUUUCUCCCUUCUCAAGUUGUUUCUUUGUUUUGUGCCAAGCGUGGAAAAUCUGGGACAAAAGUGACUGGUACUAAACUUACUAAGCUGCCAUUUAAUUGACAUUUCUGAUUCUUAGUAGUAGAAUCUUAAUCUUUAAUUGCAAUAUUGCUGCAAAGAACAAAUCUGCAGAAAUGGAAGCAUCUGAAAAUAAGAUGGUCUAUUUUAUAUAACUUAUUCUCCUAUUUUAGACAGUGAAAGUGUAUUAGGAAUGUUAACUUCCUUUUAGUAAAUAUUUAACUAUAGAAGAAACUGUCUGUAUAUUAUGUGUAUGUUUCUAUCUUUCAAAGCAAUUUGCACACUUAUGUAAAUACCAUUUAAGUGGUCUAAAAUGGAAAAUAUAACAUUUACAGCAAGAGAGUUUCCAAAACAAGUGUUGGUUGUAAUAAAAAAAUAAAGUUAAAUUGUGCAUGGAGGCUGACCAAUGGCCAAUGCAAUGUUUAUGUAAAAUCAGAAGAUUUCUAAAUUAUCUGUAACUUAAUAGUCAGAUGAUCCAAGUGCAGUGUGAAACCUGUGCUUUAUUUGUUCUUUUCCCAAAUCUGUGGUGUUAUAGAGUACAAAAUGUGUUUGCAACAGCUUUACAGAUGCUGCCUCUUGAGGCUGUGUAUUUCACCAACAUGAAGAAUAAAACUUGAAAUUAAUGCA